AUGAGUCCCGGCGCCGUUGCUCAACCCGCCCCAGCCGCAGCCAGCGAGGAUGUCAAGACCAAACAAGAACAUGAAAAGCAGCAUAUCCACAGUGACGAACGAGGCCUCAAGGCUCUUUCUCAUGGAGGCAUUCCUAUCCCCGCUCUCCGCAGCCUAAACAUCUACAUCUACAACACUAAGUUCCUUUCCCCAGGAAUACCCAGCUUCACAUCCCACGAGCUCAAACGCCAAUGGCAACUAGAGCAUAUGGCGGGGGCAUUCCGCAUCUGGGCCCGACAAGGCUACACCGAGGGACUAUCAGGCCACAUCAGCGUCCGCGACCCCGAAUUCACCGACGCCUUCUGGACAAACCCCUUAGCCGUGCACUUCGGCCUGCUGAAAGCCAGCGACAUGAUACUCCUGCGUCUCGACGGCAGUGUGAUAGGCGGCAACCGCUCGCGGCCCGCCAACGCAGCAGGCUUCCUGAUCCAUGCAGCAGUGCACAAGCGCCGGCCAGACGUGCACGCCAUCUGCCAUGCGCACACGAUCUACGGCAAGACAUGGUCGUCGUUUGCGCGGCCGCUGGAAAUGCUGAACCAGGACGUGUGUAAGUUCUACAAGGCGCAUGGCGUGUACUCGUCGUAUGGCGGGGUGGUGCUAGCGGAGGAAGAAGGGGAAUUGAUUACGACGGCGCUGGGGGAGGGGAAGGCUGCGAUAUUGAUGAAUCAUGGCCUUUUGAGUGUGGGGGGAACGGUGGAUGAGGCGGCGUAUUUGUUUGGGUGUUUGGAGCGGUGUUGUCAGGCGCAGUUGCUUGCUGAGGCUGCUGCGGCUAAUGGGGUUGAGAAGGUGUAUAUUUCUGAGGAGCAGGCGGCGUAUAAUUUUGCGGUGGAGAGUGAUCCGGAAGUGCUUUAUUGUGAGUUCCAGCCUGAUUAUGAGUAUGAGGAUGCCAUGUGUGCAGGGGCUUUUAAGAAGUGA